GGGAGGAGGCGGGGGGCGGCGGCUGCGGCGGCUGCAGCAGAGGGGCCGAGAGCUGGCGGCGGCGGCGGCGGUGGUCGUGAAGGGCAUCGGCGGCGGCGGUGAUGGCAGAGAUGAUCUGAAGAUGGAAAGAGCCAGGCGAAGGGGAGGCGGCGGCGGCCGCGGCCGCGGAGGCAAGAAUGUAGGGGGCUCCGGCCUAAGCAAGAGUAGACUCUAUCCCCAGGCCCAGCACUCCCACUACCCCCACUACGCGGCCUCAGCCACCCCUAAUCAGGCCGGGGGCGCAGCCGAAAUCCAGGAGCUGGCCUCCAAACGAGUGGACAUCCAGAAAAAGAGGUUUUACCUAGACGUGAAGCAAAGCUCCCGGGGCCGCUUCCUGAAGAUAGCCGAAGUCUGGAUAGGGAGAGGCCGGCAGGACAACAUCAGAAAGAGUAAACUGACCCUCUCCCUGUCUGUGGCAGCGGAGCUGAAGGACUGUCUAGGGGACUUCAUCGAGCACUAUGCCCACCUGGGCCUGAAAGGCCACCGGCUAGAGCAUGGCCACAGCAAAGAACAAGGCUCCAGGAGAAGGCAGAAGCACUCGGCACCCUCCCCACCAGUCUCGGUGGGGUCCGAAGAGCAUCCUCACAGUGUCCUGAAAACAGACUAUAUCGAGAGGGACAACAGGAAAUAUUACCUAGACCUAAAGGAAAAUCAGCGGGGUCGCUUCCUACGGAUUAGACAAACCAUGAUGCGGGGGACUGGCAUGAUAGGUUAUUUUGGCCACAGUUUGGGCCAAGAACAGACUAUUGUCCUCCCAGCACAAGGAAUGAUUGAGUUUCGUGAUGCCUUGGUGCAGCUGAUUGAAGACUAUGGCGAAGGAGACAUAGAAGAACGAAGAGGUGGAGAUGAUGACCCGCUUGAACUCCCCGAGGGGACUUCUUUCAGAGUGGACAAUAAAAGGUUCUACUUUGAUGUGGGCUCUAAUAAAUAUGGAAUUUUCCUGAAGAUGAGAAAAUGAGGAUAUGGUCUUUGUUCCCAUUUGAAUAUGAACACUGCUAUCCAUUUAAUGUUAGAAAGGUAAAAGAGAUCUCGGCCGGGCGCGGUGGCUCACGCCUGUAAUCCUAGCACUUUGGGAAGCCAAGGCAAGUGGAUCACCUGAGGUCAAGAGUUCGAGACCAGCCUGGCCAACGUGGUGAAACACCAUCUCUACUAAAAAUACAAAAAUUAGCCACGCAUGGUGGUGGGUGCCUGUAAUCCCAGCUACUUGGGAGGCUGAGCCAGGAGAAUCACUUGAACCCAGGAGGCAGAGGUUGCAGUGAGCCGAGAUCACGCCAUUGCACCCCAGCCUGGGCUUCAGAGAGAGACCCUGUCUUAAGAAAAAUAAAAAUAAAAUAAAAUACUUUACAUGGUAUCAUUGCAAAAGAAGGAGUAAUGGUGGCUUAAAGAAAACAUUUAAUACAGUUGUUCAAGAGUUCCAAAACAUCAAACUUUUUGGAUUUAACUAUCAUUUAAAAAAAAAAAAAAGAAAAUAUAUUUUGAAUACUGUACAGAUUCCCGUCUUAUCAGAGGAAGAACCAGUUAGCAUAAUAUAGAAUUUUAGAGGUAGAAGAGACUUUCAACAUCAAGUCUUACCUGUCAGUAUUCAAUGGUUCAAUAUAAUUAUUAUCCUUUUACAGGUCUUAGCUUUCCUGCCCUAAUUUCCACAACAAUGAAGAACCAGUAGUCCCCAGAUCCCCUUUGUGUAUAUGCAUAACUGCCUUUUUAUUCCCUCUCAUAGUCUCCAUAUUCAUGUUAAUGAUUGCAGCUAUGAGGAUUAUUUCCUUGAUUCAUUAUGCCUGAAUUAGCUUAAGAAAAGAAUAGUCUACCAGAUGCACAACUUUUAAUUUAAAUGCUUGGCAAAGGUAAAGAUGAGUAAUUCAGAGUUUUAGAAGUAGUUGUAGUAAUAGUCAAUUUUGUCAUUGGUUCUCUGGAAAACAUAUCAUAUGGGUUUUGCCAUAGCAAUUCAGGAGUGAGUAAUACUACCCUAUUCAAGAGUAAUACUACCCGAUUCAAGAGUACCAUUUCAAGAGUGAGUAAUACUACCCUAUUCUUUUAGACAAGUAAUACUACCUACCCCAUUGUAUGGGCGAAGCAAAAGUGGACCAGCACAGCUUUUUGUGGGGGUUAGGGGUAGGACAGUGUUAUAGUGAGGUUCUUUGUUCUGUUUUCUCAGUCCCAUUUCUCAUUCAUUCAUUAAAUCAAUAGAUAUUUAUUUUGCCUGUGGUAUGAGCUAACCAUUUCUCUGGGUCUGGGUAAUAUAGCAGACAAGAAGAUCCAGUCUUUGGACCCAAAGAGCACACAGUAUAGGUACUUACAACAUGGACAAUGCUAGAUAACUGCCCAGAGAGCAGAGAAGCUACGUAAGAUCAUUAUAAACCUGUGCCCCCAAACCACUGCACAAGCAAUUCAUUAACUUUGCCUUGCUCAUUGGGAUACAGUGAGAAAUAACUGUUAUAAUUAGUUGUGAAGCAUUUUGGAAAUGAAAAGAGCUACAAAGCAGCUGAAUAAAAGAAAACAAUAUUAAAUUAUAGGGUAGAAAUGAUUCUCAUAGGUAUGUUCAGUAUUUAUGUCGACACUAUAGGACCAUUACCAGGGAAAAGCUAUUUUAGGUAAAUACAAUUGCCUAGCUUUUACAAAGUCAAGAAAAUACCUGUGUGUAUUAACAAGAUAAAUUGUGGAAUGUUGUAUUAUUUUGGGUAUUAUGUGAGCUAAAUAUAGUUGGAAUAUCACACAUACUAUGAAGUUUCUAUAAAUCUGCAGCUUCUAUUAAGAAUUUCUGUAUUUCAAUGUUUAUCGGAAGUAUUUCUCCAAUAUUUAAAUGCUGAAACUAUCCGAGACUAUUAUUCACAAACAACGGAUUAUAUUUUAAUACUCAGAAACUGUAGGAAGGUUUGUUAAAUAAGAUGAAUAUCUAUCCUGUGAUUAACUUGCCAGUAUGUUGGGUUUGGGGGAGUUAUCAGUGAUUUAUUAUGCCUGAUCUUUUCUGAUUUUAGUUAUGUUUUUAAAGUUUGUUAAUUCUCUCAGAAGAUGAGGAUGCCAAUUUAUAUCCCAUUAUACACCCUCAAAAGAUGAAUUUAUAGAAUGGGCCAUGUUUUUAAGAUGCUUCUAUAUAGUCAUUCUUAUACCUAAGAUUCAGAUGCUCAAGGAAGAGACCCAUUUAGACAGUUAUUUAAUGUUCUUUGACUAUGAACUAAUCCUAAUUUUAACUUUAGUACUUUUAUGUUCUUACCAGCUUUCACCCUAAUUAAAUGGGGGCACUACACCGCAGAGUUUAGCCUGUGGUGUAGCAGAGCCCAGGUCAUCUGUCACAGAGAAUCAUAAUCUUACAUUCUCUCUCUCCUCUGAACAAUAGAAUUUUGGGGUGGGGAGAAUCUUAGUUUAUAAUGAGGCAACUCUAGUUUUAUCACACUCAGAAACAACAAAAAUAUUCAAAAUUUAACUUUCUGUGCAUUCCAUUUAUUUACAACUAUAUAUCAAUAUGAUUAUUACAUGAGUAAGAGAUCUUCAUUUUUUAUUGUCAUCCCUGAUUUGCCAAAUUUGGUAAUAUGGAGAACCUCCACAGAGUUGCAUAUUACUUUUAUUUGUUCCACAUGUUGGUGCUUUGUUCUUUACUGUCCUUUUGUCAUUAUAUUAUCUCUGAACAUUUCCAUUUAGUGUUUCUAUUUAGAGUAAAGAAAUAGAAGCAUGAAAAUUAAUAACCCAUGCAUCAGACAUUUUUGCUGGACUUUAUAGGAAUGGCCAGUUAAGGCUAGAAACCUCAGUGUUUAAUACUGUUUUCAAAACUUGAUUGUUACAUAUAUUGUCAUUUCAGUGAUUGGAGACAAGAUGUAUAUGUAGACAAAUAGAUAAAAACAGGGUAAUUAAACCAGUGUGGUUUUUUUUAUUUCAAAGGAAAACACAUAUGACUUAUGUACAUUGCAUGGCAGAGCAUUACUAAAAUUCGCCUAAACAAACCAUCAUGAUGUUUUCAGGUUUUAUGGUAAUGCUUUGACUACAUAGUACUUGGAUUUGAAUCCUCAUAAUCACAAAGCCUCUUAACAGUUGUUUAAAACAAAAAACAAAGACUAUACUGUUUCUAGAAAGUAUCAUCUUCUUGGUUAUAUUUGUGCUGAAUGUAUGAAUCUGUACUAUACCAGUAUGAAAAAGGUAAAACUGUAUAUGUAUUUAGAUUUUGAAAAGUAGCAUUGUGCAUUUUAGAAAAAUAUUUGUCAACUUGUGGCACUUUGGUAAAGGAAUGUGCAAUUAUAAAGGUUAAUGCCACUUAAUUUUUUUCUAAUUCCCAGUAAUUAUUCUUACUAGGCUUUAGAGUCAAAACCAAACCCAAUUUUAAGACUAGCACUUUUUUCCUACUGGUAAUUCCUGUUUUUCUAAUUACACAGAAUGUUUAACUUAAACCAUUCUUUGCAAUGAGUUUUAGCAUUCCUCCUCUAUCCUAACUUCAAAACCUUUAAUUUAAGAACCAUUUUAAAUUAAUCCAGUGGUAACCAGAAGAAUAUUUUAGGUAUCAUGACCACUUAAUCUUGUGCCUGAUUUUAGUAAUUUUCUGAUAAAAAUAACUGAAUUCCUGAAAAAGAAUAUUCAAACUUUUUAAUUAGUUUUCAUUGGUCAUAAAUAAUUGAGUAGUUGAUGUCCAUAUAGUCAUAAUUUAUCUAAACUCUGGAGCUGCCAAGACAACUAAGUACACAGAAGUGCUUAAAACACACCCAUAUCCCCUAAAGAGAAAUGACAAGACUUGGAAGCAUCAGAAUUCUGUAUUAUUAUGAAUAUCACAUAUAUAUAUAUGCUAUUUUAUAUGUAUAUACUCAUACACCUACAUUCUUUUAGGUUACCAGUAUUUUACUGUCAUGCACCCAUGGGUAGUAGAAGCAAAAUAAAAAUAAAUAUAAAUGCUUAACUUUAGGUGUUGGCACCAAUAUAGAUUAUGCAUAAACUGUUGCAAUAAAAGAUAUUCAUUGUGCCUGUACCUGAAAAAUUUACCUUAGGUUUUCUCUGGCCUUUUUUGUUUAGGCCUGCAUGAUCAUUUUAAAUGUAAAUGUAAAGACAGCAGGAUAUAUGAAUGAAUGGAUAAAAUGAUGGCCCUGUUUGCCAUGGGAUUAAAUAUUCUGUUGAAUUCUCUGAGGGGCAUUGGCUGCUGUAUAUUACGCCAUAAACUAUAUUGUUCAGAAGCAACAUGAGUCUAUCACAGCAUUUAGAAAUUAUACAUCCUUCACUUUCCCCACAAAAUGAAUUCAGAAUUGACAAUUCAAAUUUAUAAUUGUAAGCUGCUAAUCAUUAAAAAAUAUUAAUACCUUAUGGAUUGAAGAUUACAUGAAACAAGAGCUACAAAAGAAUGCUAAUUAAUAACAUAACUCCAUAUGCUAUCAAACUUCUGAUAGCAUUGAGUUUCUUAUAAAGCCUUAAAAUAUUUUAAUGAUAAAUUAAUUACCUGGAAAAGAAGGCACUUUAUUACCUUGAACUAGCUAUUCGUCUGUAUAGAAUAUGUCAAAAAUCCGUUAAAUUAUUCUUUUAUCAUUUUAUAAAUUUAUCCUAGUUACAUGUUUUUCUAAAGCCUCUUAUGGUAUAAUGUGUUAAUUCAAACUAUUGUAACUUAACAGAAAAAUUGUUAAUAUAACCGAUGAACAAUACAGAAAUAAAACUCAAGAAUAACAAAACUAUAUGUGAUUACAGGACUGUUAGUCUAAGUUAGUCUACGAUCAUUUGAGAUUUUAAAAUGUUGUAAAAUUUGAAGGCUUUUUCACUGAACAAUUUUUGGACAGUUUUUAUUUUUAAAUCUUACUUUUAAUUGGUACUACCUUGUCUUGAAAUGUUGAUCAAAUGUAAAGGCAAUCAUAAUUAUUAAGCCAGUCCAUUAUAAUUCAAUUUUGUUUUAGCUGAGUUUUUUUAGUGUAAUUCUAAAACAUUAAAACAUCCGUUUGUUUCUUUUUUGCUAAAGUCAGCCAUGCCUGGUGAACUAUCAAAUUUAAAUCAUCAACAUGGAUGUGCUGCUGUGUGUAGCUGUUUCCUCUUCAGGAAAUUAGUACUUGAUUUAUACAAGGAAUUUAGUUCAGCAGAAAAAGCAUAGGAUAAUUUUUUCAAAAGGGUUCAACCCUCUCAAGCUAAACCUUAACAUCUUUCUGACAUUCAUAAGGAUAGGCUUUUAUCCAAGAAAUUUUUUCAACAGAAAAUUAUUUCAAAGUGGACAAACUCCACUUUCUUUUUUGCUUGAGGGGCAGUACACUUUUACAAAAAACACAUUUUUCUGUAAGUUUACGUAUCUUUAAGUCAUUCUCUCUGGUGGUCAUUUUUCCAUCUCUAAUUUUAAAUGUUUUACUAAAUGUACAUGCAGUUUCAUAGACAGUCUGAUCAUUACAUGAUACAGAAAGGAGUCAAGUUUAUCAGAGGUCUAUCCUUGUGAAGGGGAGACCAAACACAAAUUCCAUGUCAGUUGUUUGGUUUGGUUCUUUGUUUUUUUUUGAAAAUAAGAUAUAUUAACCCAAAGGUGUGUUAAUGUCCUGGCAUGAACAAUCUUCAAUGUAGACCUAUUGAGUAUUUUGUGAUGCUGAGUAACAGACGUUUCUCAACUCUCUGUGAUGCUAAAUAUUUUCCUUAGGAAGUUUUGUUUAAUGUUAGAUUGUUGUUCUGAAAGAUGUUGGUCCUAGUGGGAUUUUUUUAAACUUGGAAAACAAAUAAACGCAUGUACUACAAGUAUAGAAAUGGUGAAUUGUAAACUUACCAUAUAGUACUGAUUUCUAUUUUCAAAAAUGUUUUGCUGUUAAAUAUAUACAACAUAAAAUUGCUGCCGUACUGUAAUUGAGUACUUUUUCCUAAAUGACCCUGUUAUCACUAUUCCAGAAUUAGAAGUUGGGCAGAUACAUGAUUGAUUCAUGUGUCUGCAUAGAUGCUUCAAGGUAUAUUCUUCUCUUGGUGAGUAAAAUUAUAUUUUCCUUGGCAUCAAUGCAUUGAGAUCUGAAUAUACCUGUAUCUAUCAAUCCUUAUUACACAUUUCUUAUGCAGUAGCUUCAACUAUGCCAAAAUUGGCCUAGACACAACUAAAAAUUGAGGGUUUGUUACAUGCUUUCUAACAGAAAGGUUUUCAACGAGAUUAAUUAUGGGUUUGUACUGUGAAAAUAGUGGAACUCCCUUGAAAACUUCCUGUUUGCUAAAUUCAAAUUAAUAUUUUUUCUUUAGCUCACAAAUUACCCCAAAUCCAGAGAGAAUAUCAACCUUUUUCACUGUUGUCAAAUCAAGCAUAAGGAACAGCCCCAUGAUACUACAAAAACAGUUGAGGAAUAAGGAAUAAAUCUCUUAUGUUACACCUCAGAAUAAAGGCAUUCGGUGAAAGAAAUGAACUGAAGUUCAUCAUGAAUGCAAGGCCUCAGUACUUGACAUUCCUCCACGGAAGGGAAGACAAGUAUCAACACCACUGGCAUCAUUUCCAAACUGAUCUUAUGUUGAAUAAUUUCCACCACAUUGAAGUACCUUUCGACUCUAUCCAGUUUUUGGGUUUUGUUUUUUUUAAUUCAUCGAGCCUUUCUGUUUUCAAACCACCAUUUGUCAGCCUUGAGGUAGAGAGACGUAUAGAUUUGAAAAUACUUUCUUAAGAGAUCAUGUAACUAUAUAACUCUGAAUUUAAAAAUUGAGGGGGGAGGGAUAAUUUCAACCCACUGCCUCUUACCAGAAACAUUUUUUUAAAUCUGUAACUGCUUUAGUGUUAACAGGGUACAAGGUGGUUUUUGUCCCAUAUUGUUCUUAAAAGGUUCUCAUUUAUUGUGAUUGUAUUGUACUGUAUGAGAACAAAUCAUAAAUUGCCUUGUAUUGUUUAUAAUAGACCAUACCACGUACUACUUCAGUUUUUAUGUUCCAAGUUUUUCAGUGAUGCAUGUUAACAGUUAGGUCCUAAAAUUCUGUGGUGCUAAUUCUCCCAUACCCAAUGGUGCUUUUGUGGAUGCUAACUGCACACAUGCUGAACAAAGCUUGAAGUUUAAAACUUUCCUCCCUUCCUCUGUUUAUAUGAAGUAAAAUAAAAUAACUUGAAUUUGUCUCAAAGUAUCACUGACAAUCUAAUAAACUUGUUUAUAUGUGUGAUUA